AUGGACUCUGUGCUGCUGCUCCAUGGGCUGCUGCUCCUGCCCCUGGCAGCGCUGCUGCUCUACAGGUGCAGCCCCCCCUUCCAGUACCUCUGCAAGGUGGCUUUUUUCAACUGCUGGAUCGUGGCCUUGGCCACCCUGCUGUCUCCCUUCGCUGCCUUCCGGGGCCGCUCCGUGGAGAACAUGAGGCUCCUGCGCGCCGCGCUCCUGCCCCUCAAGCGCUUCUACGGCAUCAGGAUGCGGGUGCGGGGCUCGGAGCAGCUGCAGCUGCAGGGACCCUUCGUGAUCGUCUGCAACCACCAGGCUUCCCUCGACCUCAUGGGAAUGGUGGAGGUCAUUCCUGAGCGCUGUGUGCCCAUUGCCAAGCGGGAGCUGCUGUACCUGGGCACGGUGGGCUGGGCCUGUUGGCUCAGUGGCACCAUCUUCAUCGACCGCCACCGCAGGGACGCGGCCAUCGAGGUCAUCUCCCACACUGCCAGCACCAUGUGCAGAGAGAACCUCCGUGUGUGGGUUUUCCCGGAAGGCACCAGGAACCAGGGCAAAUCCAUGCUGCCCUUCAAGCGUGGGGCUUUCCACCUGGCUGUGCAGGCCCAGGUUCCCAUUGUCCCCGUCGUGAUCUCCCCGUACUGGGACUUCUUCAGCUCCAAGGAGAAGAGAUUCACCUCCGGGACCUGCACGAUCCGAGUCCUCCCUAGAGUGGAAACGCGGGGCCUGAGCCCAAAGGAUGUCCCUGAGCUGACCGAGAGUGUCCGGCAGGCCAUGGCUGAGGCUCUGGCCGAAAUGUCCAGGAGUGACCACGGGGACCAGGACAUGCAGCAGCCUCUGCUGGGGCCGGGGAAGGACAGGGGCAGCCCCCAGGGCCAGGGGGACACAGCCGGGAACAGCAAAUAG